GUUUAGCCACGCACAUCCAGACUGGAUUUGCCGCUGCUGCUCAGUCCACGGUGAGGAGCGGAAUUCCGCAACAGCUGCUUUCCCUGGCAGGAGGAAGGUCCGGCCUCAGAUCAGUGGAACGUUUCUCGGCACCGGACAUCUGCAAGCAAAAUGUCUUCAAGGCCCAGGUUCCGAGGGCUCCGGGUUUGCCCUUGGAGCCGCCCACGGCGCCCCCGGCGGAUCCUUUCGCCGGGCUUCCCAUCGCGUGCCUUGGGCAGCAGAAAGGCCAGGGCCAAGGCCCCAGUGGCUGGCGCGGAAAGAUGCACUGGCCGAAGCCAAGCCCCGACUGUUGGACACAUAUCUGCCGCGGACGCAUCACUGCAUCUUCGGAGGUCAUCGAUGCAAGACCAGAGGAGCACGGCGGCAUCGUCAUCCUCCAGGCUGUCCUGAGCGAUUCGCAUGCCACCUGGGGCAACAGCAAGGAUGCGCAACGUCUCGAAGACCGACCUGACUGGCUUCGAGCGAUCUUGGCCACAAAUCGGGCCCACGCGAAGACGCACGGCCACGCUAUGGUGCUUCGCGCUCAUCCGACCGAGCCGCAGCUCACAGAUUGGAUGAUCAGCGACUGUGGCAAAAAGUCCCUGCGCGUGUGCGCAAAGGUCAAUGAGCGAGAGACGUACAACUGGGAGAAGCAUCUGAUGAUGCAGGACUACCUUUUGAGUCCACAAGCUUUCACCCAUGUACUCAUGCUGGACGCAGACGCUGCGCUGAUCCAGCCGCAGCUUAACACCUUACACCGAAUCGCCGACAUCUUGGACCGGAAGGGCAAAGAUCUCUUCCUGACCAACGAGGACUGGUUGGACCAGAAUGGCGAGGCGCGCAUCAACGGCGGGUUGAUGCUGGCGAAAAACACGCAGUUUACGCAGAACUUGUUCCAAGACACCUUCGAUGCCCACGUGGCCGGGUACAAGCUGCUGAAGAAGGCCCGCAUCGGCACGCCCGUGAUCCGGUGCACCAGACGCUUGGUGAAUCCACAUUUUCCGGUGGAUGUCAUGUUAAAGGCGGUGGUGAGCAAGCUUGUCAAGAGGUCCUCCCUUUACAUGAGACCUGCAUACGUGGCUGCUGUUCAAUACUGUACGAUAAAAAAAUCAAGCCACGACCCGCACUGA